UCUGUAGUCUCUGAUCAUCUCCUGUAGCAUGUCUGCAGUCUCUAAUCAUCUCUUGUAGUAUGUCUGCAGUCUCUGACCAUUUCCUGUUACAAGUUUGCAGUCUCUGACCAUUUUCUGUUACAAGUCUGCAGUCUCUGAUCGUCUCCUGUAGUAUGUCUGUAGUCUCUAAUCAUCUCCUGUAGUAUGUCUGCAGUCUCUGACCAUCUCCUUGUAUUAUGUCUGCAGUCUCUGACCAUUUCCUGUUACAAGUCUGCAGUCUCUCUGACCAUCUACUGUAGUAUGUCUGCAGUCUCUGACCAU